GAGGGAAGAGGGAAACAAAUAUCCAUUUCACGCGUGAGGCAGGAAUACCUAGAGAAAGAUACAUCAUUUUUAAGACACCUUGUUAAUGUAUGUGCUGGCCACAAGCAAGUCCAGACGAGUGCACUAUUUUUUCCUUAAAAAAAUACUCCAUUCGUUUUAAAUUAUAAUUCGUUUAACUUUUCAGUCCAAAUUUGAUCGGCUCAUUUUAUUUAAAAAAUUCAUAAUUAUUCGGAAUGAGUAUUUUAGACUAGCCGUCGAUGCAUAUACCACCUGCAUUCCCCUUUCGUCCACUGCAUUUUAUCCUUCCUGGUGCUCUGUCCACCUCUCUCGCUCUGGGCCGCCGCCGCCGCCCUAAGCCACGUGCUGAGGCUUUCGUUGGUCUCUUCGCCGGCGACGAGCACCCAGCAGUUCUGUAGAAAUGGCUGAUGGUGAGGACAUCCAGCCUCUUGUCUGCGACAAUGGCACUGGAAUGGUCAAGGCUGGUUUUGCUGGCGAUGAUGCACCAAGGGCGGUUUUCCCUAGCAUUGUUGGCCGUCCUCGCCACACUGGUGUCAUGGUAGGGAUGGGACAGAAGGACGCAUAUGUUGGCGAUGAGGCACAGUCCAAGAGAGGUAUUCUUACGCUCAAGUACCCGAUUGAGCACGGUAUUGUGAGCAACUGGGAUGACAUGGAGAAAAUCUGGCAUCAUACUUUCUACAACGAGCUUCGUGUUGCCCCAGAGGAGCACCCUGUGUUGCUCACCGAGGCUCCUUUGAACCCAAAGGCCAACAGGGAGAAGAUGACCCAAAUUAUGUUUGAGACUUUCAAUGUUCCUGCCAUGUAUGUUGCAAUCCAAGCGGUGCUCUCACUCUAUGCUAGUGGGCGUACUACUGGUAUUGUACUCGACUCUGGUGAUGGUGUGAGCCACACUGUGCCCAUUUACGAAGGAUAUGCCCUUCCUCAUGCCAUUCUUCGUUUGGAUCUUGCUGGUCGGGACCUCACAGACUCCCUCAUGAAAAUUCUCACUGAGAGGGGUUACUCCUUCACAACCUCAGCCGAGCGAGAAAUUGUAAGGGACAUCAAGGAGAAGCUAGCAUAUAUAGCCCUUGACUAUGAGCAAGAGUUGGAAACUGCCAAGAACAGCUCUUCAGUUGAAAAGAGCUAUGAGCUACCUGAUGGACAAGUAAUCACCAUUGGUGCAGAGAGAUUCAGGUGCCCUGAGGUCCUCUUCCAGCCGUCGAUGAUUGGUAUGGAGGCUGCUGGAAUCCAUGAGACAACAUACAAUUCAAUCAUGAAGUGUGACGUGGAUAUCAGGAAGGACCUCUAUGGUAACAUUGUGCUCAGUGGUGGUUCGACUAUGUUCCCGGGUAUCGCUGAUCGUAUGAGCAAGGAGAUCACUUCCCUUGCACCAAGCAGCAUGAAGAUCAAGGUCGUUGCACCGCCUGAGAGGAAGUACAGUGUCUGGAUAGGAGGGUCGAUCCUAGCCUCGCUCAGCACUUUCCAACAGAUGUGGAUAUCGAAGGAGGAGUACGACGAGUCUGGCCCGGCAAUUGUUCACCGGAAGUGCUUCUAGGGUUUCACAAGUUCCUCGUCGUUACCUAGUCUCAAAUUAUGUCCCCUCCAUUUCUCGAGAUAUGUGUGGCAGAUUUGCAUGAUACGUUUGUUUGUUUCCAUCGGACCUGAAGUCUUCUUGGGGAUAGGCUCCCCCCUUUGUAUGUUGUGGCUCCAAUCCAUGUGCGAGCACGCUGUGUCUGUCGUGACACCUGGUUCGUGAGAUGGGUUGUCAAACUUGAUUGGUUUGUUGUGCGUGGCUGGAAGAGCUGAUAGUUAUAUAUUUGGCUUGGACUGUGCCGCUUGUAUGUAUCUGAAUUCUGAAAGCGUUGUAAUCUGAGCAUCCGUGCAAAGUAUGAAUGGCCCUUUUAUAUGGGCUGGAUUUUCCGGUUUCUAUACAAUUUGGUGUUUGUCGA